UGCAAUUAAAUGAAGUUUCACAAGCAAUUGAUUUAUAUCUUGAUGCAUAUGAAUAUUAUAGAAGUAGACCUUUUCCAGAAGAUCCUGAAUCUGAAGGCAGUUUUGGAUACUCAGAAUUUAAUAUCAUGGCUGAAUUAUAUAUGCUUACAAAUGAUUUUAAUAGUGCUAUUGACUUUAUAAAACGAGGUGUGCGUUGGUUGCAAGGAAGGGAGAAUGAAACUUGGUGGGAUACAAACAUUGGUGGUUCAAAUGCUAAGCUGCCACUGGAAUUAAGAGUCAAGUUAGGACAAUGUAGAGUUGAAUUAGAACAGCUUGAAGAAGCAAAAGCAAUUGAAAAAUAUGUUGACCUAUAUUAUGAGGUCGCUGAGACUUAUGCUGAAAAAGGAUUAUUUGAAGAUGCAUUAGCAAUUUAUGAAAUUGUUAUUUCGAAUGAAUCAACGGAUAAUGCAACUGCAUGGCUUAGAAUGGGGGCAUGUCAUCGAGAAUUAGGGAAUUUACAAAGUGCUGUAGAUUUUUAUAAAGCAGCGGUGGAAGAAUUACCAGAUGAUUUAGAUGCAAAAAUGGCUCUUGCUGAAGCGUACGAAGGUUUAGGCGAAAAUGAAAAAGCUCUAGAAAUGGUUAAUCUAGUUCUUGAAUAUCGCAAAUCCAAAAGAGAAUCAAUUGAAACUAUUAAACCGCCACAAAUACCAAUAUCAACUCAAACUAGAUCUACUUCCCUUGAUAUCUAUGAUAUUCCCUCAACAUUUCCACAAAAUUUUGAUUCAUCUUUAAUUCAUGAAUCAUCAGAAGAAACCAAGGCCAACGCUUUCCAAAGAACGCAGGAAGAACGUAAAAGACAACAAGUUGAGAAAGAAAAGGAAACAAAGAUUCAAUUUCAUAGGCUUGAAUUAUUAUAUGUUCGUUUAAAGGCUGGUUUUGACCGUCGUAGAUGUUGGAGAAGACAAAUGGCAUUAAGGGCAGAAGCUGCCGAGGAGGACGAUGCAGCCCUUGAAGAACAAGCAACCACUAUGGCUAAGCGGUUACAAUGGCAAAUUGAUGGUGAAAUUGGAGAAUUGGAAGCCGAAAUACAUAAAAAAAUGACUGAAUUCCAAGCUUGGGGACUUUAUACACGUAACUUCUUAGUUGUAUGUGAAAGUGCAAGAUGGCUAUGCAAUUUUAAACCACUUAAUAGUAAAGUUUAUAAGUUAUAUGGGGCAGGCAUGGCUAGUGGUACAAAUGCUUUAUCGUGCUUUGCAUCAGCAAAUUCACAGAAAUAUUUUAUUCGUCAAGUUAAAUCAAUGGAUAAUGGAGGUGUUUCUGGGGAUAAUAAAGUAAAAGUACCAGAAAAAUCCAAUGAUGCUUUAUUAGCUCUUUAUGGUCAUAUAUUAGCAUGUGCCAGGAGUUAUAUUGGAGCUAUUGGUUAUUAUGCUCGUGCUUAUGCAGAAAACCCAAAAGAUCCUGCAAUUAGUUUAUCUAUUGGACUUGCAUACUUACAUCGGGCGAUGCAAAGACAGACUGAUAAUAGGCAUAUGCAGAUUAUGCAGGGUUUUACGUUCUUAUAUAAUUAUUAUGAAUUGAAAGCUCGUAAUCAAGAAGCUGAAUAUAAUCUUGGAAGAGCAUUUCAUCAAUUAGGUUUAACACAUUUGGCAGUUCCACAUUAUAAAAAAGCACUUGAACUACCAUCUUUACAAGAAGUUCUUAGAGAACAAGAAAAGGAGAAUAAUAGUAUGGAUGAGAUUAAUGAUGAGGAUGAUCAAACAGACUUGAAAAAAGAAGCUGCAUACAAUUUAUCACUUAUCUGCAUCGAAAUAUUAAAGGAAGCAGUUCGUGAUGAAAUAGAAUUUGUGGUAACUUUGAAAAUAGUAAAGAAAAAUUCAGAUGAUG